GUUCUAUGGUAAAUUCGAUUUUUAAGGUUAUAUUUUUCUUGUUAAAGUAAAAUUUAUUUUUAGGAUGAAAAUUAAACGAUAUAAGAAAGUUAACAAAAACUUAGGUUUUUAUAUUAAUACCUUUGGAUUUAGACAACCAUAUCAAUUACUGGCUGAUGGAACUUUUUGCUUUGCUGCACUUAAUAAUAAAAUUAACGUUGUAAAUGAUAUUCCGAAAUAUCUGCAAGGCGAAAUAAAACUUAUUACAACCCAGUGUGCUAUAAUGGAGAUGGAAAAUUUAGGACCGAAGUUGAACGGAGCUUUAAUUAUCCUUAAAAAAUACAUUGUUCAUAAAUGUGGUCAUGAGGGUAAACCUGUAAAUGCAUCUAAGUGUUUACUUUCAAUGGUUAAGAAAGGAAAUUCCAAUCAUUAUAUUGUCUGCACUCAAGAUAGAGAACUACAAGAUAAAAUUAGAACUGUUACAGGUGUGCCAUUACUCUACCUUCAUAUAAAAACACCUGUUUUGGAGAAACCUUCUGAAGCGUCUAUUAAAAAAGCAGAAGAAAGAAUAUCGGGAAUAUCAGAACCUGAAAUUCAAAGAAUUGAAAAGUUAAAAGAAAAAUGCGGCUUAAUAAAGGAUGAAAAAGUUCAUAUAAGAAAGAGGAAAAGGAAAGGUCCAAAUCCACUUUCAUGUAAAAAGAAGAAAAAAGGAAAUACUGAACAAAAUAACUCAAUUCAUAAGAAAGAUGCAAAAUCUGAAAUUGAGAAGAAAAAACGGAAAAGGAUAAGAUUGCCAAAACAUGUGAAAGAAGAAAUAAUAAAAUUGCCAUGAAAAGUAAUUAUAUAAUUUUAAAAAAUUAUUUUAUCUUAAAACAAGAGGUUUACUUUGGCUCUUUAAAUGUUCAAAUUUGAAACUUUAAAGAAAUAUAUUUAUGAUCAUGGAAUUGUGAAUAAAUAAUACAUAAGGCUGUGUAAUAAAACAAAUUGAUAUAAUUUCAUAUUAUUAUUACUCAACACUGCUAUUACACAUAAUUCCUAUUCUAGCACUAUACAUUUUUCUUACAAUUUUAUCUCUAACAACUGUUCUUACUGCUUCUAAUAUAUAAUAGACCCGUUAAUAAAUUAUUAAAACUAUUUUAAGAUAUUUAUAUUAAUAUAAUAUACAUAUAUGUAUGUAGCUAAAUACAGUUUUGUUAUAAGUUUAAUUUACAAUAACAUCACAUAAAAAAUCAUGUAAACAUUAAAUAAUUUUACCAAAAUCACAAUUCAGUCAGUAGUAAGCAUUAAUGUAGAUUGUUAAAGUAAGUUCUAAUAGCUUGCGAUAACAGUUGCUCAAUUUUAAGAACUAUAUUGGACAUAUAAAACUGCUAGUCCAUUCUAAUACAUAUGCACUAAAAAUUUCUUUCAAAUUUAUUGUGUUUUAUUCUCACACACAAUAGAUAAUACUAAUGUAAGAAAAAAAUACUUUUUCCUUAAUAGUCAAAUAUAACCCACAGUUUGGUAGAUCAAUUUUGAAAAAAAGCUGAGAGUGACAAUAAUUGUAAAAAAAAUUAAUUAUUUUUUGUGUACAGGGUGUCCCAAAUUGAAACCUCAUAAAUGAGAUAUUGGAAACUGGAGGAGAUACAAGAUUGAUUAAACUGAGAUGAGUAUCACAGACAAUUAAAACAAAGCUAGUUUUGAGUUUUAAUCAUCUGCUGAUGAUGCUAUCAUUCGGCGGCACAUAACACAAUACAGUUUUUUCUUUUUUUAUUAAAGGCUUUAAUUUUGAAGUUACAAAACUAAAAUAAAUAUACAAAAAAUGUAACCAGUUAAAAAAAUAAUCAAGCCAAUUUAAAAAAUGAAUUAAAUUUAGGUAAAAAAAAACAAAGCUGUGAAUGUGUCUGUUGGAUUUUAAAUUUUAAAAUUAAGGUCAAUUCUUCUAGUGUGCAUAUUUGCGAAAACUUUUAUUACAUUUUCUUCAAAUGCAGGAGAAGAAUGUACUCUACUAUCGAAUCAUGACGCGCGACGAUUUUUUCAUUUUAUACCGCGAACGAGAUGUGUUUAGGAAACCGCAUCACCUAUCGACUAAAACAGCGAAUAGGAGACGUAGUCGCGGCCAGAAAGUUCGCUGAGCUCGGCACGCGUUUGGCGGCGUUCAAAAUGUAACGAGGAUCAUCGCAAAUAUUCGUUUUUUUUUUCAAAAACCUUUAACUUGUGCAUUUGAAUUUGUAUUAGCAUCAAGUUUGUCUCAAUUUAACCGAACUCAUAUAUUUUCUAGUUUAAGAGAUCCCAAUGAUGAGUCUCAAAUUUGGGACACUCUGUAUAGUGUGUAACUUUUAACAUUCUUAAAUUUCUAUAUGGAAGCUGAUUGAAGUAUGUUUAUCUAUAAUAGUUUUUUUUAUCUAAUAGCUCGUUUAAAUAACUUCAAAAUCGUAAUUUUUAUAAACAAAUCCUUCAGGUCCUAUUAUACAUGGUUGUUUUUGUUAUGCCCAUUUUAAUAUAAUACAUUCUACAUUAAAUAUUUAUA